CUCCAAUUUGAGUAGAUGAAAAAACUUAACAAAAACAAAAAGUAACAAAUAAAAAACCCAAUUUUACAGAUAUAUUAACUUGGGUUCCCUCUUCUUCCUCCUGUUGGUUUUCCGAUAUCGUCGCUGUUGAUCUUCCUUCUCUUUUUUUUUUUUUCAUUUAUGUUUCAUACUGCUUCCCUCUUACUCCAUGCUUCACUUCCGCCUCCACCAUUUUUGAGAGUUACACAAUGAUAAUCUCUUUUCAAUUAAUGAUAAGCUUGAAUGGCUGCAAGGCUCAUGCCGUCGACUCUUAUGAAGAAGUUUCUCAAAGGGGUCGUACCAAAUUCAUGCUUAUCUCCAAUUCUCAGUGGUAUUCAUGUUGAUACUUUCCUGGAAAACAAUCAGAACUGUCCAAGGUUAAAACAAAGCACUCAAUUCUUGAGUGAUAAGUCUGUCUCGAACAACUCUGUCAACUCUGUUAAAGGUUUGGAUUAUGAUAAGAACUUGAACUCAGAGGUAGAAAUCUUCAAAUCUCUGGCUAUCCAGAAAGGAAUUUUUCAGUCUGUCCAAACAUAUUACGAGACUAUUCUCAAGCUGGGUUUGGAUGGUAACAUUGAGGAAAUGGAAAUGACUUGUCGAGAUCUUGUGAAUGAAGGGUGUUCAGGUGUAGAAGAAGUUAUUGUCACUUUGGUUAAUACCUUAGUUAGACGUGGUAGAGUUAGAGAAGCACUUCGGGUACUUCCUCAUAUAAGUUUGGUUGGUUUAAGGCCUUCAGUAGAAACAUUUAAUGUUGUUUUGGCUGUUUUGGUUGAGGAAGAUAGAGAUAUUCAGGAAGUUCUAUUUGUUUACAAGGAAAUGGUGAAAGCUGGCAUUGUACCAAAUGUUGACACAUUAAACUUUCUGUUAGCUGCAUUGUUUCAUGCUGAACAAAUUAAGACAGCCAUGAACCAGUUUAGGAGAAUGAGAAAGAAAGGAUGCAGUCCUAACAGUAAAACCUUUGAGGUUCUCGUAAAUGGUUUAAUUACAAAAAAUUUAGUGGAUGAAGCUGUUUUAGUUUUGGGUAUAAUGUACAAAAUUCGGUGUGAACUUCAUUUGAGCUUCUACACAUGUGCAAUAUCUUUAUUUUGUAGGGAAGAUAGAAUAGAUGUUGGAAGUUGGUUGUUUACAAUGAUGAAGGCUUCGAAUAUUGUACCAGGUACCUUGAUUUAUAGUACUCUAAUACAAAGUUUGUGCAAAAGCCUUUCAUUAGAUAAGGCAUUAUUCCUGCUUGAGGAGAUGGUUGAAAAUGGUUUGAUCCCUGAAGAAAGUGUGUAUGUAAGUAUCGUAGAAGUUUUUUUUGAGCUUGGGAAAACAGAUGAAGCUAUAAAGUUUGUGGAAGAUAGAUGUGCUUUUUAUACUUCUCCUCACAAUGCGUUGCUUGAAGGUUGCACCAAUGCUGGAAAGAUUUUAUUAGCAAAUUGUAUCCUGGGGAAAAUGUCAAAAAUGAAUAUUGAUGAUUGCAAAUCUUGGAACAUAGUUAUUGGAUGGCUGUGCAACAAUGCAAAAAUUGGAAAUGCUUUUGAAUUCCUUGGUAAAAUGAUUGUGCUUUCAUUUGUUCCCAAUGAAGACACUUACGCAGCUCUGAUAGUUGGAAACUGUAAAUCCAGGAGGUAUGAGGCUGCAUUACAGUUAAUGAAUGAGGUACAUUCUAGAUGUUGGAUUCUUAAUGCUGGAUGUUACUCUGAGCUUAUAGAAGGCCUUUGCCAAGCCAAUAGGACUCUUGAAGCUGCAGAAGUUUUUUGCCACAUGUCUAAAAAUAGACACCCUCUUCAUCCGUCCUUAUUUGAUACGUUGAUCAAGGGGAUGUGUGAUUUAGGACAUGUUGAUGAAGCAUUGGUGCUGCUACAGUUGGCAAGUUAUGCCGGUACUUCUUGUAAAAGUGUGACAUAUGCUUCUAUAAUACAUGAGUUGUCUAAAUCUAAUAAGGCAGAGACUGCCUUACUUGUCUUAUCACAGAUGCUGGUGUUGGGUUGUAACCUUGAUUUGGAGACAUACUACAUUCUCAUACAUAGUUUUAGUUCCAUUAAUCGAGUAAAGGAGUCUAUAUUGCUUUUCAACCAUAUGGUCAAUGAGGCUCUUCUACCUGAUUCAGAAAGACUUUAUGAUUUAUUUUUAUGUAUAGCCAACCAUUCUCAGCUGCAUAUGAUUUCAACUACAAUUGAUAAACUGGUUACUCAUACUGACCUUGUAAAUACUGCAACAUACAACUUGCUGAUCAAUGGGUUAUGGAAAGAGGACAGAAAAUAUGAAGCUUGUAAAUUGUUGGACUCAAUGUUGGAAAAGGGGUGGGUACCAGAUGCUACAACUCAUGGAUUGCUGAUUGGCUCUCUAUUUCAAGAGAAGACUGGGGACAAGGUUUUAAUUAGUGAGAAUUCCGCCAUUGAAGAUAACGUAAGCAGCAUACUAGUUGAGGGCCUAGGGAAUUCAUGACAACCAACUUUCUCAGCAUGCCAUUUUAUCCAUUAAUGGUUGACACCCUAGGGCAUACACAACAAUGUUGCCUCAUGACACUCCAUCUGAUCAGUUGAUGGUUUACAUAUAACGUUUCAUGCUGCUCCUUGAUCUUUUGACCAUGAUGACUUUUCCCAAGCUUUCUCCUUAAUACUUAUCCCCCUAAUAAAUGAGUUAUGUCAAAUGAGGAAAUGGAGAAUAGUUGACAUGUGGAGGGAGAGUUAUCAAGAUAAAGUGAUUCUGAUCUCAUACUGUCAAAUCCUCUUUCCACAAGCAGCAACAGUAAGAACAAAGCAUUAAAAGAGGCCAAUAUUUUGAUCAAUGACUAUCCAAUGUAUCCAUCAAAACUGUUCACUAUCGAUUUAUUAUGCUUGUAUGAAGAAGCCGGUAUAGUUAUGGACUUAUGGACAUAGAGGACCAAGGGGAGAAAAUGUUACAAAAAUCCCACCUUUCUUGGACGGAAUUUUGUUAUUCUACUUUAUAUAUUCAAUUAGAUUUUUAGAUUUUAGUUUCUUUUUAUAUGUUCCAAAAUUUGCCCUUCUGGUUUUACCUUUGCCAAUUCUCUCGGGAGUUAUUUGGAAUAGUAAAAGUGCCCAAGAUGACAACAAUAAGUAGCAUGGAUAUUAUGUCGUUAAAAUGAGGCUGUAAUAAAUUACAAGAUAUCAAUUCUUUUUCUAUAUUAUAUGGGUGUUUAUCCUUACGUUAACUGUUGCAUUAAGAAUAUCAUAGUAUGUGUACUACUAAUUUGGGUAGAAAGAGAUAUUUGCUGGAUUGCUCUUGCCAUACUUUUUUAGAUUAGUAUAUAGAGUAAAUAAUAUUUGUGAGCUUUGUUUUCAGGUUUGAUAGCACUAAAAAUGUGCCAUCUCGCUCCACUUAAAUCGUGGUCGUUUCCUAGUUUUUAUAUUUUUACUUCAUGAUUUUGUAAGUUUCGAGCACCUAAGAAGUAGGACCGUAGGACCGUGUUAGAGUCAGAAUGGAGUCAAAACAUGCCAAAACAGAUCUCAAAUGCAUCAACCGGGUAAAAAGGCGAAGAUUACAACUUUGCCGCUGAGGGCAUGGGGCAUUUUCCCAAGACUAUACUUUUGCUGAUGUGCAUUGAGUGUCACAAUGCUACCUCCACUUGGUGUUUCCUUCCCGAGGAGAAAUUGGAUCAUCUCUUGAAGAAAGCACAGAUUUAACAAACCACACUAACACUGUGAUUUGUACAAUCAAAACAACAGAUAGUGUGGUCGAAAAGAAACAGUGUUUUUGAAGAUAAAAGAACAAAUUACAGAUUGUCAGAUCAGGAUUCUUUUUCAAUUUUGUUUCGGAACUAAAAUUCUUUUUCCCUCCCUAAAUUAAUGGCAGAUUUGAGUAUGUUGAUACAUUUUAAAAAGAAGGAAGAAAUAAUCUUGUCUGUGGAUCCCUCUUACUCUUUUGUUUUCCUUAUUCAGUGAAGUUGACCUUUGUUCCAAUACUCUAUGAACCAAUAUAACUUUGAAAUAAUAAUCUUAUCUGAUUGAAUUUGAAUAA